AAAGUGAACCGAAGAAAAAGGCAAAGCGGACACCUUUCACUUUCCUUUCUUUUUCUUUUUCUUCUUCUCUUAUGGUUUUUGUUUGUGUAAUGUUGAAAAAGAUUGUUGUGUCAUGUUCUGCUUCAGAAACUACACAUACUCUCUCUCUCUCUCUCUAACCCCACAAACAACGACUCUCUUUCUUUCACAACUCGUUUGUUUCAGACUAAAUCAGCCAUACAUUUCUGGGUUGAACUGUUCUUCCCUAACAAUUAAGCUUUUCUUCUCUCAUCUUCACACGCACACACACACGUAUAAACAUAAUUUGGGUUUCUGCAAUGUCUGAUCAGUCAAAAGUUCGAUUGGUUCGUUGCCCAAAGUGCGAAAAUCUCCUUCCAGAGCUCGCAGAUUACUCUGUUUAUCAGUGCGGUGGUUGCGGUGCUGUUCUUCGAGCGAAAAAUAAAAAUGUUGAGGCGGAUACAUUGUCAGAAAAGUCUGAAGAAGAAAGGGUUGAAGGUGUUUCUGUGAAAUUUUCCGAGAAAUCAGACAAUUUAAAAUUUUCCGAGAAAGGGAUGAUGGACUUGAGUGAUGGGUCUGAGAAUGGUGUUAAAUCCAGUGGUAUUUCUUCUAGAAGAACUCAUAAGAGAAUGGUUUUGAGUAAUGAUCUCGAGGUGAAUGAGAAAAUAGAUGAAUCUAGUAAUGCUGAAAUGAGUAAACAAUUUGAGGAAUCAAAACCCCCAAAUGGGAUUGCAUUUAGGUCACGAAGAUCAGAACGGGUUUCUGAUUGGAGGAGCGGGGAGGGAGGUGGGAGCGAGGGGUUUUGGAGAAACCCUAGGAGGGAUGUUGAAGCCGGUCCUUCGAAUUAUCAUUUUAGGUCUAGUUAUGGGUAUGGAGAACCAGUGAAGUAUCAAAACAAACCUGAUGAGUUUAAUAAGGUUGAGUACCUUGAACAAGACCGAGCUGAGCUUUUGAGGAAGUUGGAUGAAUUGAAAGAUCAAAUUAGUCGGAGUUGUGAUGUUAACAACAAACCUAAAGAAAAGGUUCCCCUAAACCGGGGGUCGGUUCACCAAGACAAGCUGCCUGGGGAAUCAUAUGGUGGUUCAGAAACUUGGUUUCCUGAUGGCUCAUGGGGAUCGACUAGGGCUUCAUAUCCGAGCCAUUACCCCGAGCCAUCACCUUAUAUGAAUAGGCAUGAAAUGGAUAUGCAUAGGUUUUAUCAUUCAACCAAUGGUGCAGAUCAACUCCAAAGAUUUGGGGAUCCUUUAAGGUCCCAAAUGCUUAGAAGAGCUCCACACCAAUUGCCCGAUCCUUUUCAACAUCCGCCAUCUCAUACUUAUUUCUCUAGAAAUUACAUGAAUAUGGGUAUGGAUCCAUAUGAACCAUACAUGUCAAAUAUGAACCUUCACAACCCUUCUUGCUCUUGUUUUCAUUGCUACAACAAACAUCCCCCACAAGAUCCGGGUCAAGUCCCACGUGAUGCUUUUCGCAGCAAAAUGUUUUCUGAUGUGCCAAACAAACCUAUGUUCUACCAUCAUGAAAAUCCUAGUGCAUUUGCCAAUCCUCCUCCAUUAAACUCCAAUAAUCCCCAAUCCCACACAAGAUGGCCUAAUGACCUUAACUCUGAAUUGGGUGGCUUUGGUCGUCGCCAUCCUCCAAAGGUGGUUUUAACCACUGGUGGAAGGCAGUGCCGCCCCAUAGCUGGUGGUGCUCCAUUUGUUACUUGCUACAACUGUUUUGAAUUGCUGCAAUUGCCUAAGAAAAUUGUGCUUACAGAGAAAAAUCAAAAGAAAGUGCGAUGUGGUGCGUGCUCUGCAGUCGUCUUUUUUGCAGUUGUCAACAAGAAACUUGUUGUUUCUGUUUGUGGAGAGACAAAGAGAACUCCCAAGAUGGAUGAUGAUCGGCCUAACAUGACAGUGAGUGGUGGUACUUCGCAUUUUUCCUCUGAUGAUUAUGAUAAAUCUGGUUAUGAUUUUCAGUCAGUGGAUAGGGAAGUAAUUUUGUCAUCAACGGGCAAGUCCGAAGAGAUGAGAAGUCAUCACUCUACAUCUCCCUAUUCUUCUGAGGAUGAGGAUAGCCCGGGAAGUUUGAAUGUCCGAGGAGAGGAGUCCAAAUCUACUGAGCUGGCAGCGAUUCCAAUUACGUCUCCACCGGCUGCUGGUUCACCCGUGCAAGAUCAUUUUGAUUACGCUAAUAUAUUCAAUGGAGUGAAACGAUUUGGAAAGGGAAACCAAAGUGGGCGUUCAGAAUGUGAAAAGGGGGAGCCAAAAGUGUCUACGGCGCGGCAAAAUUCAAUGAAAGAUGCAUCACUUGCAACGGAGAUCGAUGUGUCGUUCAAUGAGUACUCGAAUACUGUGACAUCCCAAGAAUCGGGGGAUGCAAGCAGAGUUGAAGAUCAACUGAGAGCCGGCAAAGGGGGUCAAUCAUUCUUUGCUGGAAUCAUGAAGAGGGGCUUUAGAGACUUUUCUAGAUCAAAUCAGAACAUUGAGCAAGGAGCAACUAAUGUCACAAUUAAUGGACAUUCUAUAUCGGAUCGUUUGCUAAAAAAGGCUGAAAAGCUAGCUGGACCAAUCCAUCCUGGACAAUACUGGUAUGAUUUCCGAGCUGGUUUCUGGGGUGUAAUGGGUGGGCCCUGUCUCGGCAUAAUUCCUCCAUUUAUUGAAGAAUUCAAUUAUCCGAUGCCUGAGAAUUGUGCUGGUGGAAAUACUAGUGUCUUUGUGAAUGGAAGAGAGCUCCAUCAACAAGAUUUACGACUGCUAAGUAGUAGAGGCCUCCCAACUACUAAAGAUGGAUCUUACAUAGUUGAGAUUUGUGGAAAAGUCGUUGAUGAGGAUUCAGGUGAAGAGCUCGAUAGCCUUGGCAAACUUGCCCCGACAGUCGAGAAGGUGAAACGUGGAUUUGGCAUGAAAGUUCCAAGAGUAGCUGCAUAAGCGCAUUAUAUGUUAGCGAAUACACACUCCCUCCAUUGCUUCAAAUGUGUGAAUGAUCUUGAAGGUUGAAACGGUACCCGUCCUGACAAACUUAUUGGAAGAAAAUUUGAACAAGUUUUUUCUUGCAUUUUGGAAAUAAUGAGAAGAAGAUAUUGGAUUGUUGGUAUGUCAUCGAUGUCUCAAAACCGUCCGUUUGUCAAGGAAUUUCAUGUUUGAUUGAUUGGUUUGGUCUGUCAAAAUGUUGCAAGUGAUUAGUGCCAUAUUCUGUACCUGUAUAUGUAAACAUGUAAUUUUUCACCCAAGUGUGACUAUAUUGAUCUUUAUCCCUAUUAUACUUUGCUA